AGUACGCGUAAAUCGAAAAUGUUAACGACGAGUCAAAACAUUGAAAUUAAAAACAAUCAUCGGCUGUGUUAAGUUCAGUAUUCGGAAUAUACGCUUAUAAUUCGUUAUAACGAUAUUUUAUUUUAUUUUAUUAUUAAUAAGUGCUCCAUUUACAACGGUAAUUUACCGUUGUACAAUUUUAAAAUUUCCGUAUUAAGAUGUUCGAUCACGAUUUACGAAAUUAUGACUUGAAAGUAGAACUUGCAAAAUGCUUCAAUGGUCACGGAAUUGUUUAUUUGGGGCAACAUUUGCCCACGAAACAACACGUAGCUGUCAAAAAGUUUCUCAUGGAAGAUUUGAAAAAUGACUUCAAUCUUAUCAUGGAAGAGUCGAAACAUUUGCGAGAAUUCGAUCACCCAAAUAUUCUCAGCUAUUACACCGCAUUCGUGCACAACCUAGAUCUGUACUUUAUUCUUCCACUGAUGUGCUACGGUUCUUGUCGGGACACAAUGAGCAAUUAUUUCGAAACCGGGUUUCCAGAGGUUCUGCUGGCCUGCAUCCUGCGGGACGUAAUCCACGGAUUGGAGUAUCUGCAUCGUAAAGGUUACAUCCACCGGUCGAUUCGGGCCAGUCACAUAUUUUUGAACGAAUCCAGAGCCAUAAUCGGUGGCUUUCGUGUAUGCACCAGUUUCCUGGGUGAAGGAAAGCGAGUCAAAACCCUGCACGAACUUCCACCGCAUUCGACCAAAAGUCUCAACUGGCUGGCACCGGAAGUGCUGGCACAGAAUCUGCUCGGAUACACAGAAAAAUCGGACAUUUACAGUCUGGGAAUCACGACCUGCGAGUUGGCCAAUGGGGUGGAACCGUUCAGUAACUUCCAGACUACGCUGAUGCUGACGGAAAAGAUGCGAGGCUAUCAGCCGUUACUGCUCGACUGCACCACAAUCCCCAGCGAAGAAGUUUUUGCCCAAGCAAUGGAUUCCGGCAUCGGCGAUAGCAAUUCUUCGCAGACCCGGCAGAUUUAUGCCUCCAGACAGAUUUCCGAUGCGAUGCACAGAUUUGCCGAGCUGUGUCUGGUUUCGAAUCCCACCGAAAGGCCAGGUGCAAUAGGUCUGCUUAACCAUCCCGUGUUCAAGCAGUGCAAACACACCAACAUACGGGAACAAUUUGCCGCAUGCGACAUAGAGACUGCGGAUUUUAACACUAUUAAAGACUACGAUCUCAAUUUAUCGAACGAAUUCUCAGGUAUGUCGAUGGACACUAGUGGAGGUAAUUUCGAGUGGGAUUUCGAAGAAUCUUGAACUACCGAUCCCGAAUCAGUCCAUCGUCGUCAUCACAUUACAACAGCGCACUGCAACUGCAUCCAAACACGCAAUAAUCAAAUAAAAACGCAAUGCAGAUCAUGGUUUGUUAGUAACGUAGACAUUGUUACGGUUACCCAGAGAUGCAGAGCGUGCGGACUAGUUGUUCAUUUUAGGACAUGUUUUAGAGUAACAAAAUAAAAAAAAACACCAGAAAACAUAAAUGUAUAAAUUAGGCUUUUAUUCCUCAAUUUAAAAUAAAAUAGUUUCAAAAAGG